AUGGAUACACAACAAAACGAAAAAGAUGUUACUGAUACAAAGGCCCAGGAAACCUUAGAUCCGGCAGGUGUGGGUGAGCUCGCCACACAGGUCGUUAUCAAUAGCUCGGAUAAUGCGCAAACGAAUACGGAAAUGGCAUACUUGGAUUAUAAAGGAAAAACGGACAUGAAUAACGGACAUUGCUACUCUGACCCACUCAGACUUAGGGGAGGUGGCGACGAAGACGACGAUAACGAAAACGUCGUCGACAUGACAGAUGCCGAAGGCAACAGUGGUGACAUGGUCCCGGCAGGUGGCAGCCAGAAGCGCGGCCCGCCAUCGCCGGUUGCGCAAAGCUCAAAGCAACCAAGAACGGUAUACAGGGUAACGGACCAUAGAGAACUUAACGACCUCUUAGGAUGGCUUGAACAGACGGUCAUACAAGAGAAAGGGAAGAAGUUGGGAGUCCAGGUCUCGGAGAAAAUGUUGAGCAAGCUGGCAAGGCUCAGAGUUGUCACGACCGGCCUCACACACGAUAAUAGCAAAUUACAAGGGGAACUCAAGGGUAAAGAGGAUACCCAGAGGAUGAGCCUCACGUGCUUUAUCGACAAGCUCGAUGCAAAGAACGCGGAAGCUAACAGCCUGAAGGCGGAGCUGGAUACGCUAAGAAAGGCAGGGCCGGCGCCUAGCAAAGAACCCGUCCCUAGGCCCACAUAUGCCGAUAAAGCUGCGAGCGCACCGAAAGCCACGGUCGCUACCGCACCCAAGACCAUAAAGGCAAAAGAGAAAGAGCAGCUAAAGAAAAGCAGGAAGGUCAAAGCAACGUCGCGCUUCAUGGUAGAAAUACCAAAGGACAUGACCGUGGCAACUGCGAAAGCAGGAUUGUGGGAAACAGUCAGGACUAAAAUUAAAAACCCUAGGGCGAAGACCAUCGUAAGUGGAAAGUCCUUGAUCAUUAUACCGGAUGACGCUAACACGUUGGAGGUGAUGAAGGACCUCAAACAAGCAAUAGAAAUCAGUCCGAGGAAGCCGCGGCUCAUACUAUAUGACGUAGAAAGCGGGAUAACAGGCGAAGAGUUAGCCGAGUGUCUCCUGGGUCAAAACCCUGAACUUGGACUCACUGCUGAAGACGUGGGGUGCAUGACACCAUUGCACAAACUGGGACCCCGAGACGGUCAUGUUGUCCAUUGGGUGAUCGAAGCACCAGCAAACGUUGUGUCGAAAUUGGAAAAUAGGUCCAUAUAUAUAGGAAUGACCCGCUGUCGGUGUAAGGUACACAGCUCUACCCCGCAGUGCUAUAAUUGCCAGCAAUAUGGCCAUACGUCGCUGAGGUGCGAACAGAAGGAACCCACAUGCAGACACUGUGCAGGCGCUCAUGACUCCCGCGAGUGCAAAAACGAAGUGGUGAAGUGCGCGAAUUGCAAAGGGCCGCACAAAGCGUCGAGUGCGACAUGCAGGGCCAAGACGCAGGCAACACGUAGCCUCUUAAGGCGUACGGACUUUGGCCAGCAAUGA